AAGCCCUAAAUUCUUCUAUAACUAAUCUGGACCUGUGAUCCCUUGCCCUCACAAUCCCUUCCCCUCUAGGAAGCUGGCACUCUGGUGUGGAACAAUGGAGCAGGUCAGCAGCCGCUUGGACGACUUCCCUAUCAAUAUGUUUUCUGUCACUCCUUACACACCCAGCGCAGCUGACAUCCAGGUGUCUGACGACGACAAGGCAGGGGCCACCUUGCUCUUCUCAGGCAUCUUUCUGGGACUGGUGGGGAUCACGUUCACCGUCAUGGGCUGGAUCAAAUACCAAGGUGUCUCCCACUUUGAAUGGACCCAGCUCCUGGGGCCCAUCCUGCUGUCAGUCGGGGUGACAUUCAUCCUGAUAGCCGUGUGCAAGUUCAAAAUGCUGUCUUGCCAGAUGUGCAGAGAAAGUGAGGAGAGGGUCCUGGACUCUGAACAGACACCGGGAGGACAGUCAUUUGUUUUCACUGGCAUCAACCAGCCUAUCACCUUCCACGGGGCCACUGUGGUGCAGUAUAUCCCUCCUCCUUAUGGUUCUCAGGAGCCGAUGGGGAUGAACACCCCCUACCUGCAGCCGGUAGUGAACCCCUGUGGUCUCAUAGCCUCCGGAGGGGCAGUGGCCACCGUGCCAAGUCCUCCCCAGUACUACACCAUCUACCCUCCAAGUAACGCGGCGUUUGUGGAUGACGAGGACUGCCCUUCCUUUGUGGAAGGUGGGAAUGACAGGCCCAGCCCUGAUGCUGAUCGGCUGGAAGAGACACAGCUGGAAAACGAGGGCUGUGCCUGCUUUGCCCCUCCCCCCUAUGAGGAAAUCUACUCAAACCGUGACUAGAGACUUGAAUUCACUGUUACCGACAACCCAGGCUUCUACCCUGUGACCUUCCCAAGUUAGGCAGCCUGGGGCUGGGGUAGGGGGAAGGAAAAGUGUCUCAGGUAAAAAUCAGGUUGGGCUGGGGAAUUUCUCCUCUGGGACAGUUUCCAAUUCCCUCAGGUAGGAAGAAAUCUGCUGAAAGGUCCAGGAACAGGAAUUGUUUAUCCUCAACCCGCCCCCUUCUCUGCAGAAAGGGACUGUGGUCUCAAUUCUAACUCCAGGCUCCUGCCCGUAAUCCCAGUACCUUGAAGAGGCUGCAGCAGAAGGUCUCGAGAGGCCAGGAAUUGGAGACCAGACUGGGCAACAUAGAGAGACCCUGUUUCAAAAAAAAAAAAAAAAAUUAAUUAAAAAAAAAUCUAACUCCAGCAGCUAAGGGAAAAAAAUCACUACUUCUGAGACUUUGGGAGUCUGUGCAAUGGUGAGAGUGGGGUAAAAAGGAAGCAGAAAGAGAAAACCAGUUCCACUGCAGGUUUGUCAGUGGCUGUCCUUGGCUCUGCAGUAGACUCACCCAUCCCAAACAACCUGGUUGCCAUCUGGUCUAUCCAAAGACUCCGGUAUCUUUAGGGCUACAAAGAAAUAAAUACAAUGAAAUGAAAUCAAAUAGAGAAUGCCUUCUCUAUGGCAUAGCUGGCUACAUCAUACAAAAUAAAUAGUAAUAGGAUAAUGAUAGGAAAAAAUCCUUCAGUUAUCACUGAGUCACAGUGACUUGGUGGCUGCUGUUCUCUUCUGCAAGGCUGAAGCUUGAAGUGUGUCAUGCAUGGUGAGCUCUUGGUGUUGGGCAAGAAUUAACUGGGCCCGCAGAACACAGGCACUGCCCUGAGCACUCGUGGGUCUGCCGAGUUAGAAUAGAGCCACCAGGUCAAUACCUAGAGAAUCAUGAAUUGGGCAAAUAAUCUUUAUGGUUAAGACAAGCUCACCUUAUUUAUAAACAAAGGCUUUGAUAACUUUAAUUUUCCAGAAUGAGGAAUGUGUAAUAAGCAACUGGAACAGACUCACAGACUCUCAAAGACACAGUUUUAAAUCAUCCAGUUUUACAAGAAAAUUUUGUUUAGGCUAUAAAGGGAAGGCCACUCAUGGUAAGGAUGAUACCUCUCAAAAGAAGACACAGGAUUUAGUGAUUCUUUGAAGUUUUGGUACCAUGUUUGUAUAUGGAGUGAUUUUUUACUCAUUUUUAUCAGAAGGAGGUAGUUUUCUAAGGAUAUAAGGAAAAUAAACUUAUUGUUGUGAUUAAUAUUAUGUCUUAGGGAUCAGACUUUAUUAUAUUCAGUUUUCAUGUUUAAUGCCAGAAGGUGAUGGGUAAUAUGAUUUAGUUCAUAGAAAUUAACUUUAUUUUCAUUUGUCCCUGAGACCCUGGGUUCCUAGCUGAUGCCAACUGGCAAAUGAAAGUUUGGGUCCCUGGCACAUUUUCCUCCUCACCCUCACCCACUCACAACUUUAUAUCUAUGGAUUUGGGCUACAACGAACAUCAAAUGUAGCUCAAAAAAGAAAGAGACCUCAGGAAGGGCUGUACAUGUGGACGUGUGGAGGGUAGAAGAGCCAGUUUGUCUUGUUCCAGGAACAUCCCUGUUCUAAGUUGGAGAAAAAACCCUAACAUAGAGGCCUUGUAUGCUGCCAAAGAUAGUGCUUUAGGGUCAGUGCUUCAGGAGCUCAAGGUGCAAAUGGGAUCCGCAACAGCUGGGAAGUCAGAAAAUGGGAAUUUGUUCUCUCAUUCGACAUCUAUUUAUUGAGCAUCUACUGUGCCAGGGCCAGGGCCAUUGAGUGGGAAUAUAACUGAAAACCCAAGCGACGAAAGAGCAGCUAUGGCUCUGCCCUUGCAGAGCUUCCAGUCUGGAGGGGGAAACAGAUUCUGAUUCAUAUCUUCAUUAAUUGUCUGUUAGUUAGUCUCUGAUACCCCUGAGGGGUCCUGGAGCUCUAAGAGGGAUUUGGACUCCUCAAAGGUCACUAAGCUUGCCUGGGGAAGUGAAGCCAGGGCCAUCACCCCAGGGACUACUGUUCACAGGGAUGAUGGCCAAACCACUGGUACCUGUGGACCUGUGAAGACCAUGCUGGGAGCUCAAGGGCAGUGGCGGGCUACUGGGCAAAGAGGAGAGGGCAGCUCCGGAGGGAGGGGGCCCGACAAAGCCCUCUGUGGGAGGCAGUAUUAGGAGGCAUCUUGCAGGCUGUGUAAAUUGCAUUUCCCUGCUGCCAUUGCCCUCAGACACGGUUGUCUUCUAGUACCAAGAAGUUCUACCCACCAGCUUUCUGGCUUUGAGACAACCCCCAUACUGUCUUUAUUUCUUUGUGGGAAGUUGCAGGGGCCAAUGUGAUGGGAAGGUCACGGAAUGGCUCCUUGGCCCAGUCUCUCUGACCAUCAAAGACACAUUUCCAACAGUUUCUGGGUAGUUCAUCUAGAUCAGUGGUUCUCAACCUUCCUGAUGCUGCAAGCCUUUAAUACAGUUUCAGUGGGUCGCAACCCACAGGUUGAGAACUAAUCUAGAUAUUUGUCUUUUUUUUUUUUUUUCUUUUUUUGAGAUAGGGUCUCACUUUGUUGUCAUGAGAGCACUGGCCUAUCAUAACUCCCUGCAACCUCUGACUCCUGGGCUCAAGCCAUCCUCCUGCCUCAGCCUGCUGAGUAGCUGGGACUCCCGGUGCCACCACGACCCAACCCGGGUCUCCCUGUGUAGCUCAAGCUGGUUGUGAGCUCCUGACUUCAAAUGAUCCUCUCCCGCUCGGAGUUCUAGGACUGCAGGUGUGAGCCACCACCAGGGCUCAGAUAUUCACCUUUGUCAUUCUCUUCCUCAGUCUCCUAUCAGGGGUGAGGAAUGAAAGUGUGUGAUCUGGGGACAGUGACUUGAUCUCCUAGCUCUGCCCUCUCCCCAUAGAUCAUUAGUGGAGGAAGAAGCCCUGGCUCUGGGCAGGUACCUGAAGCCAGAACCUAUGGGGCCUUAUCAAGCUUGUUAUUCUUGUCAUAUAUUGUGGGCUUUGUCUGAAGAGCAAUUAGGAAGCAAUGGAAGUCUUUCUAAAGAGGGGCAGUUGUGAUCAGAUUCUGAACACUCACUGGCUAGGGCAAGACUCGGAAGACAUGUAGAUACAAUCUUGACCUUGCUGGUGAAGAGCUAAGUGACCAGAACCCUGUCAGCCAUCGCUACCCUCGUCUCUGUCCUCAGCCCUCAGUGCAGUAUAUUGUUGGGCAUGCUCAGGAGAUUUCAAAAUAAAGCUAAUAGGCCUUGUUAGUUAAAGAAAACAGGUUUGUUAAUAACAUAUUAUCUGGAAACAUCUCCUGGGAGCCAAUUUGGGCUGGGCCUUUUGGCUGAAGAGACUGAUAACAGCUAAUGGUUUUGAUGGAGAAGAAAAAGGAUUGUCCAGGUUUGAGAAAUGGGGCCCAUAUGCCAAGGGGAACAGCUUUCAUGAAGCUCUUAGGACUUUUCCUUGUCCCCUUUAGUUCAUCAGAGGGGAGGAUCACUUGUGCAAAGAGGCUCUGCAUCUCACCGGCCUCCAGAAAGUGCCUUUCAGAGGCGGCUUCCCGGAGAUCCGCUCCCCUUCUUCUUCGCUCCAGGGGGCCAGGUGUAGUCUGAGUUUCAGGCUCACCACGUGGCUCUCUGCUACAAAAUCAGCCCUUGAAGUGCUCUUCUCACUUCUUUCUUUUUUCAGUACAAUAUAAAAAUAAAGCCUCUUGUUUGUG